UACGCAGAAAGCAGGCAAAAAGAACGAUGUUUUCGUGAGUGAGAAAAGUUAACAGUUUGUAUUACUGUUUAAAAAAAUAAAUCAUAGCUGGUCCUUAAUGUUGAAUCCUCUGUAUUGUUGAAGAAUAUAAAAAUCGGUGUCUGAUCUACGUUUCAACAGUUGAAUUACCGGAUUAUCAAACGGUAGAGUCGAAUUGACGGCGAUCUCUAAAAGCGUUCCAAGUUUUCAAUUGAAAUUUCCGAAGAAAUAGCAUGAUAUAUAAUGCUAAUAAUUUGCAGUUGAAAUAAUGAUGAAAAAAAAUGCUUAUUUUCAAUGUUGAUGUCUAGUGGUUCUGAAUAAAGUAUAUGAAGACGCGGUAAUUAUAACAGUGCAUAAUGAAAAGCAAGAAUAAGCUGAUAAAUUCGCCUGGAUCGGGAAGUGAAAAUGUUAGUUCCAACUAUCCAUGUUCGGUUUCGAACGGAGCUAAUCCAUUACUGAGUGCAGCCAGUGGAGAAUGUGCACAACAGCUUCAGAAACCUCAUAUUUCAUUGGACAAAUAUGACGAGUUCCAGUUCAAAGUGCCUCCGGAAGCACCGGUGUUUGAACCCUCCGAAGAGGAUUUUAAAAAUCCUCUUAUCUACAUAAAUAAAAUACGACCGAUAGCUGAGAAAUAUGGAAUCUGUAAGAUUCGACCUCCCACGAGCUGGCAGCCGCCAUUCACUGUUGAUGUCGAGAAACUAACCUUUGUACCACGUGUGCAGCGUCUUAAUGAGUUGGAAGCGGAAACUCGCAUAAAAUUGAAUUUUCUUGAUCAGAUUGCCAAAUUCUGGGAACUGCAAGGCUCUUCACUUAAGAUUCCCAUGGUCGAACGUAAACCUCUCGAUCUUUACACAUUACAUAAGGUAGUAAACGAGGAAGGUGGUAUUGAAGUGGUAACUAAAGAACGGAAAUGGUCAAGAGUGGCUUGUCGGAUGGGUUAUCAGCAAGGUAAGAACGUAGGAACAAAUCUGAAGGCACACUACGAGAGAAUUUUAUAUCCAUUCGAUAUUUACCGUUCUGGUAAGAUAAUAGAUUUGGCAAAUUUAGAAACUGAACAAGAGGAUUGCGAAUAUAAACCGCAUUCAAUUGAAGCACGGCAGCAGAUCCAGCCUCCACCUGCUACAACAGCAAGACGAUCUCAACGCUUUGCCCAGAUGAAUAAAUCGGCCAGUAUUGGUGCAGAAAAUGAUUCUUCCCGUACAUCACCGGGAAAAUAUCGUAUGAAGAGUACAAAUGGAUCGACCAGAAACAAAUCAGAAAUUCUAUACACACCGAAUCAACACGAUCCGAUGGCUAAAUAUAUAUGUCUUAUGUGCAACCGAGGUGACGUUGAAGAAUCCAUGCUCCUUUGUGAUGGAUGUGAUGCAUCGUACCAUACGUUCUGUUUGCUGCCGCCACUACAGGAAAUACCAAAAGGUGAUUGGCGCUGUCCUAAGUGUAUUGUAGAAGAGAACUCCAAACCCGUUGAGGCAUUCGGUUUUGAGCAGGCUCAACGUGAGUAUACUCUUCAGCAGUUUGGUGAGAUGGCAGACCAAUUCAAAUCCAACUACUUCAACAUGCCUGUUCACCUUGUACCUACUGAACUAGUCGAGAAGGAGUUUUGGCGUAUUGUGUCUUCAAUCGACGAGGACGUUACCGUUGAGUAUGGUGCCGAUUUGCAUACCAUGGACCAUGGUAGUGGAUUCCCAACCAAGUCUUCCCUGUAUUUACUACCAGAAGAUCAAGAAUAUGCCGAGUCUAGCUGGAAUCUGAACAAUCUGCCGGUUUUGGAUGAAUCUAUUUUGGGACAUAUUAAUGCUGACAUCAGCGGUAUGAAGGUUCCAUGGAUGUACGUUGGAAUGUGUUUCGCAACAUUUUGUUGGCACAAUGAAGAUCAUUGGAGUUACUCUAUCAACUACUUGCAUUGGGGUGAACCCAAAACUUGGUACGGUGUCCCAGGCAGUCGUGCAGAAGAGUUCGAGAUGGCUAUGAAAUCUGCUGCGCCAGAAUUAUUUCAAUCUCAACCAGAUCUCUUGCAUCAGCUUGUAACCAUUAUGAACCCGAAUAUUUUGAUGAACGCAAAUGUACCAGUAUACAGAACCGAUCAACAUGCUGGAGAAUUCAUUGUAACGUUUCCGCGAGCCUACCAUGCAGGAUUCAACCAGGGCUACAAUUUUGCAGAAGCCGUCAACUUUGCUCCGGCUGAUUGGAUGAAAAUGGGCCGAGAAUGUGUCAAUCAUUAUUCAAAACUGCGACGGUAUUGCGUUUUCUCACACGAUGAAUUAGUGUGCAAGAUGGCUCUGGAACCGGAUCGGUUGAAUCUUGGUAUAGCAACAGCUUGUUACAUUGAUAUGGCUGAAAUGGUGGACACCGAGAAGAAACUAAGGAAGAAUCUUUUAGAAUGGGGUGUCACUAAUGCGGAACGUGAGGCCUUUGAGCUACUAUCGGACGAUGCAAGGCAAUGUGAAGUAUGCAAAACAACCUGCUUCCUAUCAGCCGUGACUUGCAAGUGCACCACUAAUUUAGCUUGUCUCCGCCACUUUGCUGAACUAUGCGAAUGUCCAUCGGAAAAUCAUACCUUAAAGUAUCGUUACACAUUAGACGAGCUUCCAUUGAUGGUGCAGAAGCUUAAAGUAAAAGCUGAAUCAUUCGAAAAGUGGCUGUUCAAAGUACGAGACGUACUCGAUCCAGCAGUUAGCACCAACAUCACAUUAGAUGAGCUACAGGAGAUUGCUCAGGAAGCAGAAACACAAAAAUUUCCAAACAGCGUAAUUUUGGAACGAUUGAACUUCUCUAUUUUAGAGGCCCAAAAAUGCAUUACGGUUAUUCAGCAGUUGGAUAUCAAUAAAAUUCGUACGAGGACCCGUAAUUCAGCAGAGUGUGCCAAGUACAAACUUACAUUGGAAGAGCUGGACAUGUUUGUCAACGAAAUUAACAAUCUGCGCUGCAUAAUACGUGAAGGGGACAGUGUUCGAGAGCUUCAGAAAAUUGGAAAAGAAUGGGUAAAACAGGUGGAAUGCGCCCUAAAUACCCGUUUUAAGGAUACAAAUAUUCAGCAGCACACACACUUGAUUGACGAAGGAAAUUCGCUGUGCAUCGAAUUGCCACAAAUAGUGCAACUGAAAGAUCGUCUAGCGCAGUUCAAGUGGUACAAACAAGUUCGUCUACUGAGAGAAAACACAAUUGAUCGCCUUUCGUUGGAUGAAAUCAAGAAACUAUUGGACGAGGGUAUGAACAUACUUCCUCAUACAGUGUUGGAGAAGGAAUUAGCUGAACUGCAUGGAAUCAUGUUACAGGUAAACUAUUCUACAGAGAAAAAAAAAUCGAAAAUAUCAACAUGUUUUUCGUUGUUUUUGCUCCAUACAGUUUAAAUUUUCAACUAGUUUUUUUGGUUCUAUAACAUUCCCCAGAAAACCAUUCCCCAGAAUGCACCAUUCUCCAGAAAAGCAUUCCCCAGAAUGAACA